AAAGAUUAGAUAAAAAUGUUUAAUUUACAUAUCCAGGUUCAAAAAACAUUUGAUGUUAUAAGAGAAAGUAUGAAAAUCAUUACAGAACAAGAUGUGCUCUGCUACGUCUCAGAAGUAUGUAAACCACCAACUACGACGCUAAGUCCUCAAAACAUGUACGUUGGAGGCAACGGUUUCACUCGUAAUUACAACAUGUCGCCGUCUAUCAAACAAUCUGCAAUAUCUCCUAUAUCGAUACAAAUGAUAGUUUUAAUUUUUUCCGUUUUAUUGUGCAUAUUCAGUUGUCUAUUGACUGUUACGUUGUCCUACAAAUGGCACAUGGACACAAAUCAACAAAUCAAUCGACUUGUGGGUACAGUUGAGGAUGCAAUUCGUGAUUUGAAUACCUUCACUGACAUAGUUAGAGAUGAACUUGUUGCUAAACAUGUAAGCAGUACAUACAAAGAUCAACACAAAGCUAAAAUUGAUGGUAACGACUAUGAAGAUGUAGAAGAAGACUAUAAUGAAGGAGAUCGAUUUAUGGGCAGAGAUUUAUUGGACAAUAAUUGGCCAGCAAAGACAUAUCAGACAAAUGAAUCCAACAAACCAAAAAACCGUGAACGGCGCAAUGCUGUGAUUGAUGCAACAACAAUAGUGAAAAAUGAAUUAAAUAGCUCAACAAAUGAAAAGGCUGAUGUAGAAAUAAUUCAAGAAGAAAAUACAGUGAAGAACUAUAGAAGACGGAAAUCUAAGAAAAUGGGAAUCUUAAAAAAAAAACUUUCUAUGGAAUCAGAUGAUGAAGAAUCGUACGAAGAUUUUAAAGAAACCCAAGAAAAUGCUGCAGCACAUUUUACAAGCGAUUCAUCAAAAUAUAGUACCAAGACACAUCCACAUUACAAUGGAAAUGGACGUUUGAGACAUCCGGAUGGUGAUUUUAGAGACUGGACCCAAUAUCUUUGGGACAUAAAUCUAAACAACGGAAACCAUUUCGCAAUGAAAAAUGGCAAAGUUGAAAUAUUAAAACCAGGACUUUAUUUUGUUUAUGCUCAAAUAUACUAUUCAGAUAAACAUGACAUCAAUGGAUACUAUGUUAUGAAAAAUGAUGAAAAAAUACUUGGUUGUACUUCAACUCGACAUCAAGAUACCCAAUCAUCAGAUUCAUGUUACACUGGAGGUCUAAUAUAUUUCAAUUCUAAAGAUAACUUAUCCAUAAGAGGUUUAGAUAGUGAUCGGUUUAUAAUUUUGGAUCCUGUAAGGAGUUUUUUUGGACUGUUUAGAAUUUCAAAAGAUGGUAAAAAAUAAAUAAAAAUGUAUAUUUUGAUUGA